GUUAUCAAUAACAUCUUGGCUUCUCCAUACUCAAAUUUAUAUAAUCCUGAGAAUAUUUACCUGUCAAAAGAUGGAGGUGGUGCUGGUAAUAUUUGGGCUUAUGGGUUUUCGCAAGCAGAGAAAGUAUGCGAAGAUAUAUUUGAAAUGAUUGACCGCGAAGCAGAUGGAAGAACAGGUUCGGGCAUGGGAUCAUUCCUUCUGGAACGACUUAAUGAGCGAUAUCCAAAAAAGUUGAUACAAACAUACUCCGUAUUUCCUAAUAAUGAGGAGUUUUCUGAUGUGACUGUGUGGUGA